AUGUUUACAGAAAAUAUCUAUUGUUCUUACGGGUAUUUGUGGUUACAACGAUCACAAAUCAUGGUGGUGCGUGAGAGCCAAGAUCGCCCGGUGAUACCUCAAUUCUAUGCUGGAAGAGAGGUAUUCAUCACAGGCGCAACUGGCUUCAUGGGAAAGGUUCUGGUCGAGCGGCUGUUGGCUACGUGUCCUAACAUAGGCUACCUUCACCUUUUGAUGCGAACUAAGAAGGACGUUUCUCCAGACAGUAGACUUAGGGAGUUAAAGGAGUCAAAGGUGUUUGACGUCCUUCGGCGUAACAAUCCUGAGCAACUGGAUAAGCUGCGCAUUGUAUCCGGAGACAUCACCAAACCACACCUCGGUCUAUCCGACCGCUUUAAAACUGAUUUAGAGAAAGUAAUGAUGUUACUGUUGAACUACUAA